CUUGAGCGUCCCGAGAAGUCUGUGAAACGAUAACAAUUGUUUGGCGCGACCUUCGUCGCACUUAAACGGUGGACGCCCGCGGUAUCGGCGAUCGCAUCGCGAAGAUAAAUGCAGAUUUCGCGCCGGACCUCACGGCCUUUUCAUUCUUUCUCGCUGCGGUCUUCUCCUCUCGGCUACCACGUAUGACGCUUGUCGCAGUGACAACAAACGCAUGUUGGCAUGUGACCGCGUGCCUUGUGUGACCCUGUCUUUGGGCGCUGAAAAGGCGGCCGUUUAGCCGCCACCGUUUCCAAUUGUCGUGACACUUUGCGGCGGUUGCGAAUUCAUCGCUGUGUGGUGUGCCGUGGUCGGCGAUUUAUCGUACCCCGCUUCCCUAACGGCGUUUCCAGGAUGUGCCUGCUGUUCAUCUACACUAAUCCCGACCCGGACGAUGACGAAUUCAGCAUGGUGCUGGUUAACGUCAGGGACGAGUUCUUCCAUCGUCCAACGAAGCCAGCGUCUUUCUGGGAGGACGAUCCUAAUAUUGUCGGAGGUCGGGAUCAGGAGAAAGGUCGCGAAGGGGGCACGUGGAUGGCCGUGUCCAAGGACGGCCGUAUCGGUGCACUGCUGAACAUCCUCCAGCCGGCACAUCGCAUGGAUCCCACAAAGCGUGGCCGAGGCUUUCUGGUUGUGGAUUUCAUAAAGUCCACAGUGGACGGGAACGCGUACCUGACCAAACUGAUGAAAGAGAAGGACGAGUUCAACGGAUUUCUCUUCGUCGCCAUUGAGGCCAAGCCUCUUAAGAAGAAGAUCUCCAUGAGUUACUACAGCAACCUCCAAGAGGGCGAACCGGUGCAGACGGAGCCAGGUUUCCAUGCAUUUGGCAACAGUGUACCCCCACAGUUCUGGGCCAAAGUCAAGUUCGGCAAACAGAAAUUUGAGGAGCUCAUCAGGCAGAACAACCGGUUCUCUCAAAAGGAUCAGCUGCUCAAGAAGAUAUACGAUUUCCUGGACGAAUCGACAUCCUACCCGGUGGAUGAUGCCAUGAGAAAACAGUCACAAGAGCCCGAGUCAACCCUGCGGCUGAUGAACCAGAUGAAGUACAUCUUGCCUAACUACAACUACGGCACAAGGACACACACCGUUCUCUUUGUGAACGGUGCGGGCAAGGCCGAGUUUAUCGAGAAGACUAUGAAGGAGCCCAUCGACAUAACAUCCAAGAUUGUGUGGGAGACAAAGACCUUCACCUUUGACAUUGCAUGACUUGUGGAUAUUUUUAGUUCUUAGACACAAAAUCUGGUCACCAUUUUUUCUUUUUCUCUUGGAUGUGUUGCAGCGUACGUAGUCAUUCGUAUCGUGUUUCACUCCUUUUUACGGUGAAAUUGCAGACUCCCUUUUUUUAGAUAUUACCGAAUACUCUGGGAAGAGAUCCUAUACGUGAAGCUUGGAGCCUGGGUUUAUAUGGAUCCUUGCUGUUAUGCUGGUGAUUAAAGAUUUUAUAAAUGUGCGUUGUUGAACCAGAA